AACGGAAAAAACAUAUUACAAAAUGUAUCUGGUGAAAUUUUGCCUGGUGAAGUUUUGGCGAUUAUGGGACCAUCAGGAGCAGGAAAGUCUACACUUUUGAAUUUGCUUGUUGGAAGGAAAACAAAAGGAACCUUUUUAAACAGUGGUUCUAUUGAGAUAAAUGGGGAAAGUGCCUCCAAAAUACUCCGAAGAAAAAUUGGAUACGUUAUGCAAGAAGAUAUAUUCUUUAGUCAUCUUACUGUGCGACAAUCUUUAGAGUUUAUUGGCAAAAUCAGAAUUCCAGAGGACAUGAAGUGGAGUCAAAAGAAAGCUCUUGUUGACAUCGUAAUUGAAAACCUUGGACUUUCUAAAUGCAAAAACACAGAAAUGGGUGGUGGGCUUUUUGGACGUGGUUGUUCAGGAGGUGAGAAAAAACGUUGUAGCAUUGGCGUGGAACUCAUUAGCAACCCUGCAUGCAUAAUUAUGGAUGAACCAACAACCGGUUUAGAUUCUGCUACAGCCUUCAACUUAAUUCAUACUUUAAAAGUAUUGGGUAAAAAAGAAAAUCGCUCAAUUUGCAUGACUAUUCACCAACCCUCCAGUCAAGUUUUUUUUAUGUUCGAUAAACUCAUGCUUAUGUGUGACGGAAGGGUUGCAUUUUAUGGAAAAAAUUCUGACGUUUUGCCAUUUUUUGAUUCAAUUGGAAUCCCUUGCUAUUUAAAUUGGAAUCCUGCAGAUUUUUUAUUGGAACGAUUGUCUGAUUUUGAUGUCCAAAACAAAAUUGUUGAAUCAUACGAAAUAUACAAAACCAAUAAAUCAUGCAAUAAAGAAAAAAAAAAGUUGCACGAUUCAAAAACUUUUAACAAAGGAAUCUCAAAUACCAGUUAUGCUGCAGAUGAUAUAUCAGAUGACACAAUUUGUGAUGAAGUUGGUGACGUAAAAGAAAUCUAUUCAAAUGUAGUCAGUAAAGAUGAGAUCAAAAUAAAAACAGAAAAGUGGCCUACGGGUUACCGAUCGCAAGCAUUAGCAUUAUGUCAACGAUCGUUUAUUCAGACCAAAGGAGACGUUUGGGAUAUGGUCAACAUUAUACAGGUUGUGACCUUGUCAGUUGCUGUUGGUUUAUUUUGGUUUCGUACCCCUUUUGAUGAGAAAUCUCUAGGCGACAGGCAGGGAGUGAUAUUCUUUAUUCUAUCAUAUAUGUUUAUUCGACAAAUGAUGCAAGCAAUACUCUCAUUUCCUGCCGAAAAAAAAGUCAUAGAAAAAGAGCGCGCUUCUGGCAUGUAUCGUCUAUCAGCAUACUACACUGCCAAAAAUAUAGUUGAUGUACCAGUUUUUCUUUUGCCACAGCUUAUUAUUUACAUAACAACAUACUGGCUCGUGGGACUGAAUUGUCAUCCAAUAUUCUUGUUAGGACUGCUUAAUGUUUUUUUAACAACUGCACUCUCGCAGUCAGUCGGUUUAGUCAUCGGAGCUGGUAUAAAAAAUGUUAAAAAAGGUCUGGCUGUUGCCGUUGUAUUUAAUAUGAUUAGCAUGAUACUAGGAGGCUUUUAUAACAAAAGAUAUUCAAUCUAUCUGAACUGGUGUAGAUAUGUAUCGGUUUACAGCUAUCUUUACAACAUAUUCUUACACAUGGAAUUUCAACACGCCCGUGAAUUAUUUAAAUGUUCACCGCACAGUCAAUUUCAAGAGUGUUUAAAGAACAGAACGUACAUUGAAGGUCGACAGAUAAUGCCGUACAUUAAACCAGUAAAUUUAAAUAUUGUGCAGAGUGUUUUAAUUGUUGUAAGCGUUAUCGUUCUUUUAAGAACUUUGUUUUAUUUUGUGCUUAAAACUUCAAAUAAAUAAAAGCAGUAAUAAAUAUAAACUUUUUAUCA